UUAAGUCAAGGUCUUAGAGCUUUCUCUCUAGCCUAACUGUCCUUCACGAGCAUCCUUUAAUCCACCGCUCGUCGUCCUGGUGUCAUAGCCUCAUAGGCAUCAUCACAUUUAUGUCAAAACCCUAAUCUUCUUCUCGAUUCGCCUCCGGCCCAGUCCCUGCUCUCUUCCGGUUCCAGGUUGCUGCUCAUCCCCGGCCGUCGAUCGGUGGGGCUUCGGGGAUUCGCCACGUUCAAGCCGAAGAUGGCAUCGGAGCAGCCUUUCGCUUUUGGACCUUACAAGAUCGACCCUGCGGAAGUGUUCUACGCCACCUCUCUAUCCUAUGCCAUGGUCAAUUUGCGUCCCGUCAUUCCCGGUCAUGUGCUCAUCUGCCCAAGGCGUGAAGUAAAGCGCUUUGUUGAUCUUAGUGCUGACGAGACUAUUGAUCUAUGGUUUACUGCGAAGAAAGUUGGUGGUCAGUUGGAACACUAUCACAAAGCAUCAUCUCUGACUUUUACAAUUCAAGAUGGGCCGCAAGCUGGACAGACUGUGCCACAUGUUCACAUUCAUAUCCUCCCGCGCAAGGGUGGUGAUUUUAAGGAGAAUGAUGAGAUCUAUGAUGCUAUAGAUGAGAAGGAGAAGGAACUGAAGCAAAAUCUCAACUUAGAUAAGGAAAGGAAAGAUCGGAGCUUUGAGGAGAUGACCCAGGAAGCAGGGGAGUACAGAAAGCUUUUCCUAUGAGACAGGCUCUUGGAUUGGGCAGGAUGGUUGCUGUCUUAGUCGAUUCAGACAGGAGCUUUGAGGAGAUGGCCCAGGAAGCAGGGGAAUUCAGAAAGCUUUUCUUAUGAGACAGGCUCUUGGAUUGGGCAGGAUGGUUGUUGUCUCAGUCGAUUCUUUUCCUUGGGACCGAUUGCCAUUUGCUUUGGGCGCAUGCUUUGUUGGGUCUCAACUGGAAGGAACUUUUUUUUUUUCCAGGAAUAAGUGUAGCAAUGCUGGAAGGUGAUGUAACUAGUCGCAUCAAUUAUGAAAUAAGCUGAUUAUACUUGUAUGAAUAGAUGUUCCUAAUCUUAUUUAUGAAACCAUUGAUGGAUUUUUCCGGGUGAAA